AACUUAAAAAGGCUCGAGGAUAUUUUACCCAAAAAAAAUAUAUGGAGAAUAAAUAUCCAAAUGGAGGCGUUGUAACCGGUUUCUAAUGGUUAUAGCGAGGAGCUAAGCCAAAGGUGGUCGAAGCUACAAUGCCAGCCAGCAUUUCCCUCAUGCCUUGUCUACCCGCAAACCCGCUUCUUUCAAUUUCAUUCACAAAGCUCGGAAGCAAGACAACCAAAUUUAUCCCACUUGAAACAAAUGCAUGGAAGAUUAGAGCCGUCAUUGAAUCUUCUUCCUCGUCCUCGGUGUUUGGGUCUUUCCAUCAAACAGUUGGUGGACAAGUUUUGCCAGAAAGAGGAUGUUUUGAAAAGGAUAGAGUAAAGAGCCAAAACAAGAAAAGGGUAUUUUUCUUGGAUGUUAAUUCUCUUCGUUAUGUAGGAAAUAAGCCAAGUUUUCAGUCUUUUGGCCACUGGGUUUCUCUUUUCUUCUCUCAAGUCAGCCUCACCGACCCUGUUAUUGCUGUUUUUGAUGGUGAAAAGUGUAAUGAGCAGCGGAGACAGUUAUUACCUUCAUAUAAAGCACAUAGGAGGAAAUUCUUUAGACAACCAACAACUUCUAGAAAAUUUGUCAGGAGUCAAGUUGGGAGGUCAGAGCAACUCAUAAUGAAUGUUCUCAGAAAAUGCAAUGUGCCAGUCGUAAAAAUAGAAGGAAAUGAAGCUGACGAUGUUGUUGCCACACUGGUGGAACAAGUUUUACAAAGAGGAUACCAUGUGGUUAUCGCUUCUCCUGAUAAGGAUUUUAAGCAGUUGAUUUCUGAAAAUGUUCAAAUUGUGAUGCCUCUGGUGGAAUUAGACCGGUGGUCCUUUUAUACUCUGAAGCAUUACAUAGCUCAAUAUAAUUGUGAUCCACACUCUGACUUGAGCCUUAGAUGCAUUAUGGGUGAUGAGGUUGAUGGUGUUCCCGGGAUUCAACAUUUGGUUCCUGGCUUUGGUCGGAAAACUGCCUUAAAGCUUUUAAAAAAGCAUGGCUCACUGGAAAACUUACUAAAUGCAGCUGCAGUGAGAACUGUUGGCAGACAGUAUGCGCAAGAGGCCCUUACAAAGUAUGCUGAUUACCUGCGGAGGAAUUAUGAAGUUUUAGCCUUGAGGAGGGAUGUUGAUGUUCAUCUUCAAGAAGAAUGGUUGGUUGAAAGGGAUACACGCAAUGAUUCUAGUGUUUUAUCUAAAUUCUUCAGAUCAUUGGAAGAUACUGAUAAGCCUACUUCUGAAACUAGAUCUAAUUUCUCAAAUGGUUACGUCCUUAGAGCAGAUGACGAUUAACAAGCUAGAAAACCAAGAUUUUGGUGAGCGUAAAUUGACAGAGCUCAAUGUCAGCUUUGUUUGAAUAUCAGAGGAGAAAAUGAGUAGUAGAAUUUAAGGACGAUAAGAAGUUUAAGGGAUGCGGCCUUGUGGAGUGUGGAUAUUAUUCCCAGAAACCAAGGAUAAAUUGUGCAGUGAGUGAAAUAAGAUUGAACAAGUUUCGAUGUGUAGCCUGCAGCAGUUACUGCUAUGAAAAUUUGGAAUCGUGCAUUUCUUAAACUGGAAAUAAUAAAACUUCAUGCUCUGCAUUCUAUGUUGGAUUUCUUGGAUCAUUGCAGUUUUGAGAUUCAAAUCUGUUGUAUGUGUAAUACAAUCCUUGGUAUGUAGUUUAUUCCAUGCCUUCUCAAUGUUGGUUCCCAUCUUACCACUUAGAAUUAACCAGAAAAAGAGCUCUUCAU